CAGAUCGUUAUCUAUGGUUUAAUUCGUUGAAUUGUUGUUGUUUGAAAUUUAAAAAUCUCAUUCUCAACGUAGUGUUAUUGUUUUGAAAUCUAUUAUUUUGUAUUAAAUUCAGUUAAACUAAAUCUCUUAAUUUUGUUUAUUUGCGUUAUAUACUUUGUUUACAUUAGUUAGAUUGUGUACGUAUAAUACCAUGAUACCAGCAAGAUUUGCCGCUGGACAUUCUUCAGCUAUGCGUAAAUCACGGUUGGAAGGUAAACCAUCAUUAUUACCCAAACCUCGCCGGCCGGGAUCAACGGACCGCCUAUCGACGGAAUUUCGCCGGCCAAGUACUACAGGACACCGGUCUAGCAGCGCUGAUCCUCCUCGAGCAACAUUUGGUAGUGGCAGGCUGAGUAGAGAAGCAUCAGCUACAAAGAUUCCUCUUAAUGGAAGGUCCAGAUCUCAACAAGGUGAUAGAUAUGGCCAGUCUACAACGACUCCGCUGCGCUCCAGCCAUUACUCUAGGCCCACUACCACACCUGUUAGAACUCCUUCAGAAGAUCGUGCAAGUCGUAGCUGGCAGACGUCACUGGAUAGGGUCCUGGCCUUUGUCACUAUUAAGGAUCAGAGACAGAUAUCGAACGUGGUUUGGCAGCGGGCGGCGGCAGCACGCGUGGCCGAGGCGCUGGCGGCCCGCGACGCGGCGGCCGGCGGCGGCGGCGGCGGCGGGGCGCUGCUGCGGCCGCUCACCAUCGCCCGCUUCGUGGACGUGGCCGCCGCGCUGCUGGCCGCGCUCGUGACCGACACCAGGCUCAACACCGACAACUACGUCACUAAGUUGCCAUAUGUGGCGAAGCGGCUGCUGUACCCGGGCGUGGUGUCCAAGUCGUGGCUGAAGACGGUCAACACGCUGCACGCCUUCCCGCACGCGCUCGCGCUCAUCGCCUACCUGCUCGACCUCGUCAACCACGUCGAGCUACCCGUGACUGAUGAGUGGCUGUAUGUAAGGAAAGAUGAGUUGGCGUGCUUACGACGGGAUUACCUUUCCAAGUGUUGGAUCAGGUUUCAAGACCCCGGGCAUAAGUUUGAAGACUUGAAUGAGGAGUACUUGCAGAACUUGAAGGCGCUACUGGGCAACGAUGACGAGAAAAUUAAUGAGUUGGAGCAGAUUAUAAGUCAGUACCGCGCGUGCCUGGAGGACGAGGCGGAGGCGGCGGCGCGCGCCGACGAGGCUCGGCGCGGCGAGCGGCGCGCCGCGCUGGCCGCGGCCGCACGCGCGCUGCACGCCGCCCGCGCCGACGCGGCCGCGCGCGCCGCCGCCGCCCGCGCCGCCGCCGCCGACCACGCCGCCGCGCUGCGCCUGCUCGACGCCGACAUCGACCGCGCCAACGCGCAGAGCAGCGAGCUGCGCCGCGAGCUGGAGGCGCAGCGCAUGAGCGUGGCGGAGCGCACGCGGCUGCUGGACGACGUCGACUACGCGCUGCGCGUGCAGGACUCCAAGCGGGCGCUCGCCGACCAGAUCGCCAAGAUGGUGCUGAGCAAAGAGACAGAACUGGCCCUCUGGCAGAAGAAGACCCUGGACAGCUGCGUGGAGUACAAGCAGGGUCUCAUACAUUUAUCAGCACAGUUCCCCGAUCUUGCCAAGUUGGCCAUUGAUGAAAAGGAGCUGAUGGAGGCGGAGUGUGCAACGCGAGUGAGCGAGGCGACUGCAGCGCUGCGGGCGCUUGAAGGAGCGCUGGUGGCGCGGCGCGCCGCUGCCGCCCGCGAACGCGCCGCCGGCGGCAGGAGGCGCGCCGCCCUGCUGGAAGAAACGCGUACAAAAAUUGCUGAUAUCAAAGCGCUACUACACCGCGAGCAACAGUGCCUCGAGGCGGAAGCGGCCAAGGAGGCCGUUGAAGCUGCAGCCUGGUCCGCGGAGGAGCAGGAGGUAGCCAGCCGUCUAGACGACCUGAGGAGUCACCAGGAGGAAUAUGCGAGAGUGGACAGUGAGCUAGACUUCUGGGAGAAACAGGAUGUUGCAUGGCAGACGAAGUUGGGUGAGCUGCAACGGUACGUGGUGUCUCAACAGGCGGAGAUGCAGCGCGUGCUGCAGGUCGCUCGGGACCGGCGUCUCGAGCUGGUACGGACCACCGUGGCUUCCUGGGAACGAAUGCUGUAGAACGGAUGGAAUGUUUUUACCACCAUCACCAUGUGCCCGAUUUACCCCGAUAUACUUGUUUUGCCACUUCGAGCAGACAUAUUUACUGUCUUUAUAAUUAGCUAGCUAGUACUAAAUCUGAAGUUGAUAACGUGUUUAUCGAUAAAUAAUAAGUUUAAAUUCUUUCGCCUGAUGGGUACCAUGGACAAGAGGCAAAAAAUCGCAAUAACUCAUAUCAAAGAGAAGCCACAAGCCGGAUGCUUACAAUCCUUUUAUAAUCCUAGACUGUCAUUUCUUACUAUAAAAAUUACAUUGAUAAGUGUUGUUUGUAAUUUAAUUGUAGGAUCUACAUUAUCUCGUACUGUAAAACAGGAUAAUCAAUUAAAUUUCACCCUAGACCUAUUUUAUACAAAUCCCCUACCAUUAAUUUCACAUAAUGAUAUCUCAAGAACUUUGAGUCACAGUUGUUUAAAAUUGUUCAUAAUACUUGUAAUUUAACUGAUAUUAAACUACCAUUUUAUUUCAAUGGUUUAUGUUCAUUCGUACAUUUCUAAAGUCUUAUGGUGGAUUAAUAUAGCAUAUUAUAGUGUAAGGU